AUGGCAGAAAAAGAUGUGGAUUCAAGGACCGCAUUGGACUUUCACAAGAUAAAGUAUGUAGGUACAGCAUGUUGUAGAUGGACAGUAACCUCUGUACUCAUUGGAGCCAUUGUCAUCAGCAUUGCUACAGGUGUAUUAAUAAUGUAUUUAACAACUCACAGCCUCACUGUGGUGCAUAUGCUGGAGGUACAAGGACUUCCGUAUGACGCUAGUUUACAGAACAGCAACUCCACAUACUGCAGAACUUUAACCACUACACUGGAGACACUGUUGAACACCAGUUUCAGGAACACUGUUCUAGAAGACAGUUAUGCUGGAGUUAACGUUUUACAAUACAGGAGAGGAAACAGAAGUGUCAUAGCACAACUCAAAUUGCAGUUCCAGACAUCUGCUCAUUCCAAAGGACUCAAUGAAAUUGAAGAGAUUCUCAACCAGGGUCUGUUUACAUUGUUAUCGGGACACCCUUUUCCAGUGUCUACUUAUGGGAACAUCUCUGCUGCUGUGCUCACAGAUACCGAAGGGCCGUCAUUUUAUGCAAUUGGCCUGAAGUCUGGAAGUUGCCCAGCACAAAUCUUCACCUGCAAGAACAGUCAAUGUGUCUUAAAGCAAAAUCCACAAUGUGACAAUACCCGAGACUGUAAUGAUGGAUCUGAUGAGAAGAAUUGUGAUUGUGGUACACGGCCUGCUAUGCAGAAAGGAAACCGAAUAGUUGGUGGAUCGGAUGCCGUAAAGGGAGAGUUCCCAUGGCAAGUCAGCCUGAGGGAGAACAAUGAGCACUUUUGCGGAGCCACUAUCAUCAGUGAGAGGUGGCUGGUGUCUGCCGCUCACUGCUUCAAUGACUUCCAGGACCCAGCUGUGUGGGUGGCUUACAUAGGAACAACAUCACUGAGUGGUACAGACAGCAGCACAGUCAAAGCUUCCAUCAAAAAUAUCAUUAAGCACCCUUCCUACGACCCAGAUACAGCAGACUAUGAUGUAGCUGUCUUAGAACUAGAGUCUCCGCUGAAGAUGAGCAAGUACGCCCAACCAAUCUGCCUCCCAGAUUCCACUCACAUCUUCCAUGUGGGCAAGAAAUGUAUCAUCACUGGAUGGGGAUACCUCAAAGAAGACAAUUUGGUGAAGCCUGAAGUUCUUCAGAAAGCAACCGUAGCUCUCAUGGAUCAGUCUUUAUGCAACAGCCUUUACAGCAAUGUAGUGACAGAGAGGAUGCUGUGCGCAGGUUACCUGGAGGGGAAGAUUGAUUCAUGCCAGGGUGAUUCUGGAGGACCUCUGGUGUGUGAGGAAGCAUCAGGUAGAUUCUUCUUGGCUGGUAUAGUAAGCUGGGGGGUCGGCUGUGCAGAGGCCAGAAGACCCGGUGUAUAUGUGAGAGUGAGCAAGAUCAGCAAGUGGAUCAUGGAGAUCAUCACAAAAUCUGUAUUGUUAGAUCCACAAACAAGUGUCACUACCACCACCACUACCACUGUUUGGAAGAAAACAACUAAUGCCAAGGGCACCACUACUCGACCAGUCACCAAACACUCAACAACAAAAGCAAAACCAGGAAGUACCACACCGAAUAAACCAACCCAGAAACCUAUCAGCACUUCAAAGCCUCAAGAGUGUGGCAGUCGCCCUGGCCUCACAAAACCUAACAAAAUAGUAGGAGGACUGGAUGCUGUGAGGGGUGAAGUUCCUUGGCAAGUAAGCCUAAAAGAGGGCCCACGACAUUUUUGUGGAGCCACAAUAAUUGGCGAUCGUUGGUUGGUUUCUGCUGCCCACUGCUUCAAUCAAACCAAGUUAGAUCAAGUGACUGCUCACAUGGGGUCAACAUCUAUGAGUGGAGCUGAUACUAUGGCUGUAAAGAUCAGUUUAAAGAAUAUGAUACAACAUCCUCACUUCAAUCCUCUGACUCUGGAUUUUGAUGUAGCUGUGUUGGAGUUGACCAGCCCUCUAACGUUUAAUAAGAAUAUCCAGCCUGUGUGCCUCCCUUCUGCUCUGCAGAAGUUUCCAGCUGGAUGGAAGUGCAUGAUCUCAGGAUGGGGUAACGUCAAAGAAGGCAAUGUGUCUAAGCCUGAGGUACUUCAGAGAGCUUCUGUUGGUAUUAUUGAUCAGAAGAUCUGCAGUGUCCUCUAUAACUUCUCCAUCACUGAGAGGAUGAUCUGUGCUGGAUUUCUGGAUGGAAAGGUGGAUUCAUGUCAGGGUGACUCAGGAGGGCCUCUGGCAUGUGAGGAGAGUCCAGGCAUUUUCUUUCUCGCAGGCAUUGUAAGCUGGGGGAUUGGUUGUGCACAAGCAAAAAAGCCAGGAGUUUACAGUCGUGUGACAAAAUUAAAGGACUGGAUCUUGGACACUGUAGCUCCUGUCUUAAGGACUACAGACAGUGGCAUGAACCUUCCCAAAUCCUCCCUCCCUCCCAGCAUUACCCCAACCAGAACAUCAACUAUGAGGCCACUAACCACCACUGCCCGUAGGACAACAACUGUUUCCAGGAUAACAGUAACACAAGCUAAAAGCACAAGGAGCACCCCAAAAACCACCAUUGCCAAAUCCACAAGCAAGAGGACCACUACUGCCAAGUUUAGUACAACAGCUUCACGAAUAACAGAGCCUGCCAGACCCACUCAAAAACCAGUGCCGUGUACACCCUCCACCUACAAAUGUUCCAACAGAGUGUGCAUUAGCAAGCAGAACCCUGAGUGUGAUGGGAUUCCAGACUGCACCAACAGCUCUGAUGAGCAGAACUGCGAUUGUGGAUCAGCCCCAGUACUGGCCUUUAACAAGAUAGUUGGGGGCAGUGGUUCUGUGAGAGGGGAGUGGCCGUGGCAGGUCAGUUUGUGGCUCAGAAGAAAGGAACACAAGUGUGGGGCUGUGCUAAUCGCAGACCGAUGGCUGCUUUCUGCUGCCCACUGCUUUGAUAUUUACAGUGAUCCCAAAUUAUGGGCUGCUUACCUGGGCACUCCCUUCCUCAAUGGGGUAGAGGGUAGGGUUGAGAGGAUUUUCCGGAUCCACAAACACCCCUUCUACAAUGUAUACACACUUGAUAAUGACGUGGCUCUUUUGGAACUGCCUUCCCCACUAUCUUACACCAACCUCAUUAAGCCAAUCUGUCUCCCAGACUCUAGCCACAGCUUUCUAGAGGGCACCAGAUGCUUCAUUACAGGAUGGGGCUCCACCAAAGAAGGAGGUCCUAUGUCCAGGCAGCUCCAGAAAGCCUCAGUCACUAUUGUUGGAGACCAGACUUGUAAAAAAUUCUACCCGAUACAAAUCAGUCCAAGAAUGCUUUGUGCUGGCUUCAUGCAGGGAGGUGUAGACAGCUGCUCUGGGGAUGCCGGGGGCCCCUUGGCAUGCAGAGAGCCAGCUGGUCGAUGGUUUCUAGCUGGUAUAACCAGCUGGGGCUACGGCUGCGCUAGACCAUACUUCCCAGGAGUCUACACUAGGAUAACAUCUGUCCGCAGCUGGAUUGCACAGAAUCUACGAUUAUGA